CUUCUUAGCUCCGGUGAACUCGGCAACACGGCUAGGAUUGCCGGCUACGCGACAAAUCUGCUAUGUAGGUACUUGAGAUCUAGUAUAUCGCAGAUGACUCUGAUCAAGAGAUUAUUUACAUUGACAGAAGGGUUCAAAUGUUAAAAGAUGGUAUGGUACUUAGUGUAUAAGCUCGUUCCACUGCCCUAAACAAAAAGACGAGGCCCCGUGAAAUAUCCGUUUGAGGAGUCUUCUAUUAUUUAUGCUAGUAUCUUAAGGAGUUUUAGGAAAUCUAGUUGCAAAGGAAGCUCCCACAUCUUCCGUCUUCCGAGGACAGGGGGCUACCAUCUAGAUUCUCAAUAUGUACAGACCAAAGGUAUCUAUCAUAAGACGCCGGGUUUCCUUUUCCCUAUUUCUUAAGUAUCCAUCCAAUAAAUAUAGCAUCCACAUGAAGAAAAAUUAUAUAGUUCAUACCCCCACCUUAUAAUAAGUAUAAUAUAAUUCUACGCCUUUGGUCACUUUUUUAUUCUGCAAUACAUACCCGCAUUCUUUGGAGGGAUACAACUCGCUCAAAUGAGGAGGAAUCUACCAUACCCCGUUGCCCUUCUCGCGGCAAUCAUCUCCAAAACCGGAGCCGUUGACUUUACUAUUUCUGGUGGCCAGAUAUUUACACCUGGGUUUGCUGUUCUCGAUGCGCCUCAGCCAGGCACUCCGUUAGGCGGAGAUACUAUCGAGGUAGCUCUCGAUGUAACCGCCAAUGGCAAAUUAAAUCUGCCUCCCUAUAGUGAUGAUAGUCCCAGCCGGAUUAACAACAUCACCAUCUUCCUAUACAGCUAUGACACAGGAAGGAAUUUUACAAUAACGAAUGGAACAGCCUCGACGAAUGAUGUAAGCCUAGGAGACAUCAUGGAAUCCGAGCCGGGGAGCACCGUCAAGCAUGUCAAAUGGCAUUGGCCAGCUUGUCUCAUCGGCGAUGGAGAGCCGGACACCGCAGACAGCGAUCGUGGAAAUUACAACAUAUCCAUCCGCCAAAACUUCCGUCUUAACGGGGAGGAUCACUACACAAUCUUCGACGUACCGAUCUCAGUCACCAACAAGAUUGAAUUCACCGGCGACAAUCCACCUUGCGACCUAGUGAAUAACCCUUUGCUCACACCAGAGGAAAUCGACGCCGAGUCCGCUAAUAGUGUCGGCAUUCUGUUCGCGCCUGGAGACUCAACCGUUAUUCAGUCUGACUCUACUGACAACAACCUAGAAAAUGGUCUUGGGAGUAGUGCUAAUACACUAAGGUGGAAGUUACCAUCAGAAUGGUUUUCUUUAUUCCUCAUUGCAUAUUUAUGUAUUUUAUAGGCCGAUGUAUUGGCCCAGAUAUAUUGCGAUUUCCCAGCGUGUUAAUACUAGAGGUUACCCCCCGGGCAACACAAAAGCCUAAGGUUUACACC